AUGCCGCCGCUCGAGAACGACGCCAAGGGCGUCGAGAGGCUCCAGCUGCGCGAGGACGGCUGGAAGUUUUGGCGGUGGAGAGACCACCGCUGCCACUACAUCUCCGCGGGCGAGGAUAACGACGGCCCGAUCGUCGUCCUCGUGCACGGCUUCGGCGCGCACUCGUACCACUGGCGGUACACCAUCCCCGCGCUCGCGAGGAAGGGCUUCAGGGUCUACGCCCUGUGCAUGCUCGGAUACGGAUGGUCCCCGAAGGUGGAGGAACCGUAUUCGAUGGAGCAGUACUGGGGCACGCAAGUCAUCGACUUCGCGAGGGACGUCGCGGGCGCGACGGAGAAGGACAAGUGCGUCGUCGCCGGGAACAGCAUCGGCGCGCUCGCGGCUCUGUACGCCGCGUCCAGGGCGCCGGAUCAGACCCGAGGGCUGUGCCUCGUGAACAGCGCGGGCAACUUCGAGGAGGGCGCCGCGCCCGGACCGGAGAAGAAGACGCUCGCGCAACGCGCGGUGGGGUCGGAUAAGGGCGACGCGAUUCGCGACCCGACGGAUAUAAACGCACCGCCGAUGAGCGUUAAAGAACGGCUUCAAGAGAUCUUCGGUCGGUUCGUCGCCACCGGGAUCUUCUACUUCACGAAGGUGCGGAUCAAGACCAUCUUGAACCAAGUCUACGAGUUCCCCGUGGACGACGAUCUGGUGCGAUCGAUCGAGCUCGCCGCGGAGGACCCGGGCGCGAUCGGGACGUUCUACCAGCUGUCCCUCGCCGGCGGGCGCACGAAAGUCGCCGCGGGGGAGUUACUGGACAACUACAAAGGGCCGCUGAUGCUGCUGUGGGGGGAGACGGAUCCGUGGAUGACGCCGACGAAGGCGGAGCGCAUCAUGCAGAUGAAACCCGACGCGGUGUACGCGCCCGUGCUGGCGGGGCACUGCCCGCACGACGACGCGCCGGUGGAGUGCAGCGAGAAGCUCGCGGACUGGGCGAUGGGGUUGCCCGCGUGA